AUGGCAAAGACUAGGGGAGGUCUUUCCGCAUCCCCAUCCUCGCCGCCGGUGCCUCGACUAGCACAGUCCGCCAUUGGAGGCGCCACUUCGCCACCUGCUCAGUAUUCCACCGUUCCCCCAUCUGAGGGUGGAACACCUUCUCAGCGUCGAUAUCCCACCAGGAGGCCACCCACUGAACCUGUGCCGCCCGCCGCCAAAGCCAAGAGGCCUACUUCUCGGCCACCCGCGAAAAAGGCUAAGUUCUCGGGUCCUGGAGAGCCAUCCCAGACACCUCAAGUCGAGUCGGACUCUCAGAUUCCUGUGGGGAUUCCUCUCGAGACCGUCAUCAGACGUCCUAUGAUCGCAGGGCCACCUAUAGAGGGCAACCUGGAUUGUAGAGAUCGAUCCUUCCAUUCAGAGACCUAG